UUAUUGCACGCUCAGUGCGCCCAUUCUCAUAAAAUUGGGGAAAAAACAUGUAGCACUACAAAAAGACUUUUUACAACGUUUAAAAAAGAGAAUGACUGACACAGAGGCCAAGGUUCAUUUUCGAGUCAUCCGAUUUAUUCAUGAAGCUGGGUUGCGACUCCAGAUGACGUCAGUUCCACUGGCUACAGCCUCUGUUAUCUACCACAAGUUCUUCCGAGAGAACUCCCUUCAACAAUAUGAUCCAUAUCUGAUUGCAACCACAGCCUUAUAUGUAGCUGGGAAGGCGGAGGAACAGCAUAUUAAACUAAGGGACAUUGUCAAUGUCUGUUACAGGGCUUUACAUCGCAGUAAACCCCCGCUGGAGAUGGGGGAGGCCUUCUGGUCUCUGAGAGACACCGUGGCCAACUGUGAGCUGUUUGUGCUGAGAAUGCUGCAGUUUAAGAUUUCUUAUCAACACCCACACAAGUAUCUUCUUCAUUAUCUCAAGUUCCUCAAGGACUGGUUUGAACCCUACAAAUGGGAGACAACUCCUAUAGCCCGUACUGCCUGGACAUUUUUGAAGGACAGUUAUCAUGGGAACUUGUGUCUGCGUCACAAGCCCCAGCACAUUGCGGUGGGGUUAAUCUACAUGGCGCUGCAAUGUCACGGCAUUGAGGUGCCGCUUCAGAGUAAUGUCGCCGUCCCCUGGUGGAAGGUCCUCACUGAUGACAUCACAGAUGACAUCAUUAAAGACAUCAUAGAAGUUGUUAUAUGGACAUAUGACUUAGAAACUAUGGCAACGACGUGAGAUUCGCAUGGUGUGUGUAAAUUGGAAAUUUCAAAACCAGUGGUUAAUGAUUUUACAAACUUUUCAGAUGGUUCACAAUGCCUUCAUGCAAUAUCAUUGCAUUGUAUUUAAAAGAACUUUUGUAUCAAAACAUUUUAUAAAGAUCUUUUUAUUAUAAGUUUUUUUCCUGAAAUAUGGAAAUACAUGUAUCAUUAUGUGAAAUGUUGUUCAAACUUGUAAAUUGUUUUUAAAAAAUGUUGACAUGGAAUGAAAACAUUUAUUUAAUUAGU